CAGGCGGAAACGUAGAAGAAGAGAGGACUAAACAUAAACAUGAGCAGAGUCUCACCGUGACCGUGAAACAAAUAGGAAAAUGCUGUAGCCUACCGUUAAACAUUGAUAUACGUGUAUCCUGUUUGGUGACACACAACGUAGUGUAAUGCUGUUUGUUACUGUGUUUGUUUAUUUAAAGAAAUGUUGCGGCUUCUCCCCUUCAUCAGCUGUGUGCACAACGUGUCCAGUCGGAUCAUAACAGGGAGAGUUUCUCCCAGUGUCUCUCUACUUCUCAGGCCAAACCCUGCCGGACUGCCAUGUGUUUUGGCAGCAGGUAAAAAGGACCUGAUAGACCUACCUGUCCUGAAUGAAGAUGAGUUUGAAGAGCAGUUUGUGAGAGGAUCUGGACCCGGAGGACAGGCUACAAACAAAACCAGCAACUGUGUGGUGCUCAAACACAUCCCCACUGGCACUGUUGUGAAGUGCCAUCAAACCAGAUCUGUGGAUACAAAUCGAAAGCGUGCUCGGGAAAUAAUGCGACUGAAGCUGGAUGUUGUUUUUAAAGGAGACCUCAGUGAAGUUGUUGUAAAGAAGAAAGAGUCUGAGCUGAGGAAAAAAGAGAAGAGAAAGAAGGCAAAUGAGAACCUGGAGAGAAAAAGACUCUUUAAAGAAGGGCUUGCUGCAGACUCCAAACCUGGAGAGGACACCGUUUAAAAAUGUUUGUGUGGAAUAUAAAAUCAAUACUUGUAAGGUUCUUUGCUAUGCUUACAAAGACUGAAUAACAAAACCUGGAAAGUCACUGUUAGCUGCUCUAAAUCACGUUGGCCUUUUGGUGUAAAGCAAAUGGGGGGGAAAAGAAUAAAGAAACCAAAUAUAGUAAAACA